CUAAAUAGGAAGUUUGAAACCCUUGGAGUCUAGAUUGUUCAUUGAUCAUCAUCACCAUCCACCAACAGCGCUGAAAGCUUCUUCCCAAUCUCUUCGUCUCCAUCUUGCGACUGAAGAAUGAUUGAGGUAGUGUUGAACGAUCGACUGGGAAAGAAGGUAAAGGUUAAAUGCAACGAGGAUGAUACGAUCGGAGACCUAAAGAAGCUGGUUGCUGCCCAGACCGGAACCAGAGCCGAUAAGAUUCGAAUUCAGAAGUGGUACAACAUCUACAAGGAUCAUAUUACUCUCAAGGACUACGAGAUCCAUGAUGGCAUGGGUCUUGAACUUUACUACAACUGAUUCAUCCUUCUUCUUCCGGUUAUACACCAACACCAGUUGAAGGUUAUUAAAUGGAUGAGAUUUCUUCAUCUCAACUUAUGGGAAUGAAUGUAUGGGUAUUAUUUUGACAUGACAAUAUGUAUAAAUUGUUGGUUAUGUAAGUGUAGUCUGAUAUGGAUAAUACUUGUGUCCGUGUGUGAAGAUUAACUAUUUAGCUUAUUUAUGUGCUACGUAUUUAUGGUUAGGGGUAAAGUGAAGUUCUCUUUUGAA